AACAUUUCAAUUUGGUUCAGUACGGUUAAAUUUUUUCGUUGGAGUGUUUUAUUUUUUCUCACCUUUUAACUAAUUUUAAAGUUAUGGAAAUGAUGGGGAUGAAAGUUUAAUAAUGAGAAUGUUUCUAAUUACUUUAUCAGCAUUUUCCCGCAAGAUUUCCAAUGAUGAGAGGUUAAUAAACUUUACUAUAUGUGAAGGCGGAAACGUUUUCGGACACGUGGACGACAGUUAAUGGUGGAUAAAGUGAUUAUGUCACGUCUUUGUAUUAAAAGUACAAAUAUUUUAGGUUAUGAUUAAUUUAAUUAGAAUCUUUCCCGACAAAGAAAUAGCUCUAAGCACGACACAUGUGAAGUCGCCGGCGAGCAAAAAAACACUAUCUCGACGGUUACACGUACAGGAGUCGUAUGUAUUUAAAUUGAAUCCGCUUUGUAAUUUUCUCACAGCCAAAGAUUUUUCCUUAUUUGGGUUUUUUUCUUAUCUUCUGUGUUCGUUACAAAUUCUGGGUGAAAGAGGAAAAAUCUUCGUUUCAAUCCGGUUUAUAUCGGUUUUAGCAAUGUCGAUGGUAACUGUCAAAGUUAGCAACGUUUCUCUUGAAUCAACAGAAAGAGAUCUCAAGGAAUUCUUCUCUUUUUCCGGCGAUAUUGCUUACCUAGAAACACAAAGCGAGAAUGAAGGUUCUAAAUUAGCAUAUGUUACAUUCAAGGAUUUACAAGGAGCUGAAACCGCAGUUCUUCUCACCGGAUCGACGAUUGUUGAUUCAUCGGUCACAGUUACAAUGUCACCAGAUUAUCAACUACCUCCUGAGGCUUUAGCUUCCAUUGAAUCAUUGAAAGAGAGCAAUAAAUCAUCAUCACCUUCUCGCGAAGAUGUAUCGGUAUUUAGAAAAGCUGAAGAUGUUGUAAGUGGUAUGAUUUCAAAAGGGUUUAUUCUAGGAAAAGACGCGAUAGCUAAAGCCAAGAGCCUUGAUGAGAAGCAUCAGUUGACAUCAACAGCUUCAGCUAGAGUCACAUCUUUCGACAAAAGAAUCGGAUUCACAGAGAAAAUCAACACCGGGACAACGGUUGUGAGCGAAAAAGUUAAAGAAGUUGAUCAGAAGUUUCAAGUCACAGAGAAAACUAAAUCAGCAAUAGCUGCAGCUGAGCAAACAGUGACUAAUGCUGGUUCUGCUAUUAUGAAAAACCGGUAUGUUUUAACCGGUGCCACUUGGGUUACGGGUGCGUUUAACAAAGUGACUAAAGCUGCUGAAGAAGUUGGACAAAAGGCGAAAGAGAAAGUUGGUAUGGUUGAGGAAGAAGAAGAAGAGAAGAAGAAAGUGGUUGAUGCAGUUGCUAGCAUCCAUCUGACUGAAUCACCAAAUGCUUUAGACCAAUCAGAACAAGAUUCAAAACUCUCUGAAUCGCAAAGGCAAGAGCAACCACAGCCACAGAAGGAGCUUAGUCCAAGUGUUGCUUCAGCUCAAUCUUGAAAUACAUAUAAGGAACUUUCUCCAAACUUUUUGGAACACAGAAGCUGACUUUUUAGGACAGGGCUUGUAUGUUCCAAAAACAUUGGAUUGAAAAUCUUCUGUUGUUGUUGUUGUUGUUGUUGUUUCUGUCUUAUUUCUUCUUGUUGUUUCUCCCUUACAAGAAAAAAGGUGAAGAAAAUUUGGAAGAAUGUUUAAACUGAAUCUCUUUUUUUGAAAA